CUUUUUGCCGAGUAGCGUGGCGGCCCGUCGGCGUCGUCUCCUUUCUUCUUCUUCUUCUUCUUCAUCAGAUCAGCGAACGAAUUAUUUAAUCCCAAAAAUAAAAAUAAAAAUAAAAAUAAAAAACCGUAAACCAGUUGCUGAACUUCAACCCACACGGAAACAGAGAGGAAAAGGAUUUCCCUCUCUGACUCUUUCUCCCUCCAUUGCCGUAAGAGAUUCGAAUUCGAUCCUUCGAUGCCUUAGGAAGAAAGGCAACCCCCCCACACCCCCGCAGAUUUGUGUCACGCCAAAGCAAAUUCAAGACUCAUGGCCACAGCGACUAUGGCCACUGCAGCUGGUGCAGCUGCUUUACUGUACUACACGUUAAACCGGAAGUUGAAGUCAAAUAUUUCUGACGAGGAUGAAUAUGAGAACGAAAGGCUUGUGCCCAGCACUGCUCCAUUGGGUUCGGAACGCAUAUCAACUAGGCUCGUCCAAGCCCCUGCAACAUGGCUGGAGACGAUUUUGACUCUAUCAGAGACCUUGAAGUUCACUUAUUCGGAAACUCUAGGGAAGUGGCCUAUUGGGGAUUUGGCUUUUGGCAUCAGCUUCCUCCUUAAGAACCAGGGAAAUGUACAUUUCAGUGAUAUAUUUGGCGGUGAUGAUAGCUUACAGCUAAAAGGUGCAGAUAUUAUUUCUGAGCUAGAGUAUCUCCUAAGGCUAUUAACUCUUUGCUGGCACUUCUCCAAGAAGCCCUUCCCUUUGUUUUUGGAAGAGACUGGCUAUUCUGAAGAAAAUGUGCUUCUUCAGGAACCGAAAGCAGGAAUUUUAAAGCCAGCUUUUACCAUCUUAGCUGACCACGGCGAGAAAUGCUUAAUCUUACUCAUUCGCGGUACACAUAGUAUCAAGGAUACUCUGACAGCUGUGACAGGAGCUGUGGUGCCAUUUCAUCACUCUGUUGUAAAUGAAGGGGGAGUGAGUGAUGUCAUUCUAGGUUAUGCACACUGUGGAAUGGUUGCAGCUGCCCGAUGGAUUGCAAAGCUUGCUACUCCUUGUCUGCUUAAAGCACUAGAGCAGUAUCCUGAUUAUAACGUUAAGAUUGUUGGGCAUUCUUUGGGUGGAGGCACUGCAGCACUUCUAACGUAUGUUUUGCGUGAGCGAAAAGAAUUGUCAACUGCUACUUGUGUUACAUUUGCUCCAGCUGCUUGUAUGACAUGGGAAUUGGCGGAGUCGGGCAAUGAUUUCAUUACCUCUGUUAUAAAUGGAGCAGACUUGGUGCCUACCUUUUCAGCUGCUUCAGUGGAUGAUUUGCGUGCUGAGGUGACUGCAUCAGCUUGGAUAAAUGAUUUGAGGAAUCAAAUUGAACGAACUCGAAUUCUUGGCACCGUUUAUCGUUCUGCUUCAGCUUUGGGCUCGCGACUCCCGUCAAUUUCUAGUGCAAGAGCAAAGGUUGCUGGGGCUGGAGCUCUUCUUCGUCCUGUUUCUAAUGGCACUCAGGUGGUGAUGAAGAGAGCACACAGCAUGGCUCAGGCAGCAUUAACACAGCCUGCCUUGCGGUUAUCCUCAUUUUCUUGCAUGGGCCCCCGCCGCCGGCCCAAAGCCGCUACUUCGGGAACGGAUGAGGUUGGCAAUGGCCCAGAGUCAGAGACCCGGUUAGGGAUUGAAACUUCAGAGCCUCUUAUCUCAUGCCAUCACAGAACCACCAGUAUAACUGAAGCCGUCGAGCUUCCUGUAUCUUCGGAUGAAGGCCUAGAGUGGUCUUCUGAGAGAGACUGCCCUUCCUGCUCCAAGGGAAUGAGUCCACAUGCUGAUGGCAGCGACCUUGGUGAUGACCUCAUUGGCCAUGACCGGGUUGAGGACCGGAUGACCGAGGUCGAGCUAUGGCAGCAGCUCGAGCAUGAGCUCUACGAUAGAGAAAGGGAAGAGGGAGAGGCCGAUGUGGUGAGGGAGAUUCGUGAACAGGAAGCUGCUGCAAUUGCUGAGGUUGGAGAAGAGGAGACGGGCCUCAGUGGGAGAUCCGGUCCACAGACGAAGGAAGCCCACAGGUUUUUUCCACCGGGGAAGAUCAUGCACAUUGUGACCAUCCCCCGUGUACCCGAGUCCGAGGGUGACGAUUCAUCCCAUUCUUCCUCCUCCUCAGUUGAGUCAGAGAAUGGAGUGGAAGCUGAGGUCGGGAUUUUCCUUACUCCACGCUCACUGUACAGUAAGAUCAGGCUCUCCCAGUUGAUGAUUAGUGACCACUUCAUGCCGGUCUACAGAAGGCAGAUCGAGAGGCUGAUUAGGGAACUGGAGAAGCAAGAAGCAGGCGGCGCUUCUCCAUAGUGAAAGAGGUUCCGAAGAGUGGAGGCCCUCCCGGCCCCUUUCAAUGCUAACAACGUGCACGCGCGCACGAAGGGAUCGAAAGGUUCGAUCACCUUCUCCUGUCGUAAACUAACACCUGUAAAAUAGCAACUGGGUAAAGAAAAGAUCAAUUUCAUUGGUUUUCUUCAUUUAUCCUUCCCGAUUCUACUGUUCUGUCUAGUGGAUUAGUUUCUUCCA